ACCCCUUAGGCUUUCCGUGGGUUCCCGAACCAUGGCGCUGGCGCUGCCCAGGGACUUGCAGCAGGACGCCAGCCUGGCCAAGAGGAGGCACGCGGAGCUGUGCAGGCAGAAGCGGGUCUUCAACGCCAGGAACAGGAUCAUUGGGGGAGACACUGAAGCCUGGGAUGUUCAGGUUCAUGACCAGAAGAUAAAAGAAGCCACUGAAAAAGCUAGACAUGAAACCUUUGCUGCUGAAAUGAGGCAAAAUGACAAAGUAAUGUGCAUAUUGGAAAACCGGAUAAAGAGGGAUCGGAAAAAUCUCUGUAGGGCCAUCGGUGACUUCCAGCAGAGCUUUCAGAAGCCAGAAACUCGCCGUGAAUUUGAUCUGUCUGACCCCCUAGCCCUUAAGAAAGAUCUUCCAGCCCGGCAGUCAGAUAAUGAUAUUCGGAAUACGAUAUCAGGAAUGCAGAAAUUCAUGGGAGAGGAUUUAAACUUCCACGAGAGGAAGAAAUUCCAAGAAGAACAGAACAGAGAAUGGUCCUUGCAGCAGCAGAGGGAAUGGGAGAAUGCCCGGGCUGAACAGAAACACGCAGAGGCCUUCUACACGGAGACCAGGCUGCAGUUUGAUGAGACAGCCAGGCACCUACAGAAGCUGGAAAGCGCCACCCGAAAGGCGGUCUGUACGUCUGUGAAAGAGUUCAACAAGAGCCAGGCCAUUGAGUCAGCAGAAAGGAAAAAGCAAGAGAAAACACAGGAACAAGAGGACAACUUGGCCGAGAUCAGCAACCUGCUGCGUGGGGACCUGCUGUCUGAGAACCCGCAGCAGGCAGCCAGCUCCUUCGGGCCCCACCGCGUGGUCCCCGACCGCUGGAAGGGCAUGACCCAGGAGCAGCUGGAGCAGAUCCGCCUGGUCCAGAAGCAGCAAGUCCAGGAGAAGCUGAGGCUCCAGGAAGAGGAGCGCCAGCGAGACCUGGACUGGGACCGUCGGCGGAUUCAGGGGGCUCGCGCCACCCUGCUGUUUGAGCGGCAGCAGCGGCGCCAGCAGCGUGACUUGCGCAGGGCUCUGGACAGCAGCAACCUCAGCCUGGCCAAGGAGCAGCAUUUGCAGAAAAAAUAUAUGAAUGAAGUCUAUACAAAUCAGCCUACAGGAGAUUAUUUCACACAAUUUAAUACAGGAAGUCGAUAAUCAAGAAGACGCCUUUGUUCCGGUCAUUUACGUAUAAAGAGUGGCAACCUUAAAGAGUC